AUGGGUCCAAAAAAAGAAAUAAAAAAACCAUUGGAAGUAGUUCUUCCUUCAAUUGAUAGUCCUGUAAAUACUGAUGAAUGGCGUUGCGCUGUUGUAAUGGCUGUAGAAAAGUCCUAUAGUGACAACUUUGUUUUGAAAGAGUUUGAGGAAGAAGCAUCUAGUAAAUGUCGUCGUGACGUUACUUUAAUAAGUUAUGAUCAUUUGGUUUUAAAGAUAUUACAAGAUUUUAUUAAUGGUGAACUUCCUUUUAAGUACAGUUAUUUAUUGCAUUUUUCAUCCAUAUUCCAAGAAGCAGCAGAAUAUAUUAAAAGUAAAAGUGAGAUCCCCGUCCAGUUACUGGUAAAAGUUGUAAAAGUUCUAUUGUAUUUUUACAGAGAAGAGAGUUUAAAAAUUAUUGCCAGUAACCAAUUGGGACCUAAAGAUCCUGUGAGGAUCAUGAUGGAAAGACCUUAUGUCAGUGGUGCUGUUUCAAAAGAUGCAAAAUCAAACAUAAAUAAAAAGGAACAGCGGAAAGGGAAAAAUCAGUUGAAUGAACAGAAUGCAGGAAUUAAAUUAAGACCUCCAAGUUUUGCAAAAGAGGGGACAAAACUUUUAAGAAGAGAAGAGAUAGCCAAAGAAACAGUAUUCAAAUGUAUUGAUGAUGCUCCUUAUGAUGGUUAUUUUAAUUUAUAUGUCUUGCUAACAGGGUUCUACAAUCCCGAAUUUCCCAUGGAAUUGAUCAAGGCUCAAGUUCCAUUGCAUCAAGUAUUGUGCAUCGACACAGAUUUCUCUGGUGUAAAAUAUACAGAAUCAGCAAAUUUUAAGAAAACAAAUAAGAAAUCUAUGCAAAACAAACCUUAUGAAAUACAAUUAUUUUGGGAUGAUUUUUUAAAAAUGCUUUGGAGCCAGAAAAAAAAAAUAUUUUUCAAAGAUGUAAUUUUUCAAAAGUACAUUCCUAGAAAAUUAGGAUGCGAAUACAAGCAACGUCGAGAAUUUAUUUACAGAGAAAUAAGUUAUUUGAUGUAUGAUUUGUCAGAGUACAAAAAGCACCAUCUUAAUUAUUUGAAAAAUAUGAAAUUGUGGGACGUUUCAGAAGAAAGUGAUGAUGAUGAAAUGAAAAAAAGAUUAGGUAGUAUUAGUUAUGAAUUACCCGAUGAGUGCAUAACCAUACCAGUCGUUUUGCAAAAUAUUUUAAAUAUUCUUUCGCAAACAUCCGAAAUGAACGAUUCAGAUAAUUCAUCUGAAAAUAGUGUUGAUUCAAGAACUGAUACAAUAAAUUUGGUUUUUCCCGAGAGUGACAUGUUUGAAUUACCAUAUUCUGCAGUGAUGCCCCUUUGGAGUCAAAUUAUAAAAAAUUCGGGAAAUAUCAAUAAUUUGAAAGUUUAUUCAAAAUUAAAAGAAUUAGAUUUAAAAUAUUACAUAUGUGAAAAUACUUUAAAAAGGAAAUCAGUUCAAAAACAAAAUGUCAGAGAAAGAUCUCGUUGCGAAUGGAGUCAUCAGAAAAUAAGUAAAAAUUUGGCUCAAGCUUUAGAUUGCAACGGAACGUUUGCCUCUUAUUGGACCAAAUAUAAAAAAAGUGGGAGUUUAAGAAGUUCUUCUUUUUCAGCAGUCUUAGAUUAUUCCCUGUAUGUGUUCCUUGCUUCAAAACUUAUUUGCCCAUUUGAAGAGCCCAAAUUGAAAUCGUCGCCGAAAACUGCACUGAGUGAAAUAAUACAUUUGAAAAAAAAUUCUAGUUUUGAAUUAAUAAAAAAUCUGGAUAAGGAAUUUCGAAAGCCUCAUUUUACAGUGACCGAUUGUUCUCGAAAUGUCGUCAAGUGCAUACCUUGGAACCUUAAAAAUACCGACAGAGAUUUUUUUUGCCCUCAAAAAUUUAAAAUAGUAACUCCAGAAAAAGUGAAAACUAGUUCGGCUCCAGAAAUUCGUUUGCCUGUGUGUUUCAUAAAUGAAGCAUCUUUUAUUAGUGAUUUUUAUGUAUCAGAAGAAGCUAAAGAAAACAUAAAAUGGACCGCGUAUACAGAUAUGACGAAUUUUUGUAAAAAAAACAAUUUUUUAAAUGCAAACGGAUUCAAUUUCGUUGAAGAACUUAACAAAACAAAACUAUUGAAAAAAAAACAAAAAUAUUGGAACGAAUUUAAUUGCAUCGAUCACUCGUAUUCCGUUUUAACGGAUUCCAUUUUCAUGAGAGCUCACAACAAAAAAAAUCCAAAUAAUUUUUUCAGCGAAACUUUUAAUCAAAGUUUGAAAUCAAGAAUCGGAUUAAGAGAUUUUUUCGAAUAUAUUUUAGAGGAUGAAAGCAAUUGGAUUUCACACCAAGAAAUACUAUCGGAAAAAAAAAAUCCAACCCUCGUCCAAAAUACAUUAUUUAAAAGUUCAUUUGACGCAUAUUCAGAUACAGAUUUUUGGCUUGAAAAUUCCAUAAAAUAUCAAGAAUAUGUUAAAUUAACCGGAAACGUAUUAAAAAUAAAAAAAGAUGAUUAUUUAAGAAAAAAAUCCGUUGGAAAUAAAGAAAUUGUUAAAUUAAAAAGUUCGGAAAAAUUUUCGGAUGCUCACGGAAGCAUCAUCGCGCAGGAAAAUUCAAAUGAAAAAAAUGAAAAUCAGUAUUGUUUCGAAGGAUACAAUGUCGACGAAGUAGCAGUUCAAUUUUCAGGUAUCAAAACCGAAUACUUUGUUCAAGACUGUAGCAUAACCGUCGAUCUAUUGGAAAGACUAUACGGAAAACAACAUUUGGGAGUACACGUUCGUCACGGAGGAAACACUCUUCAUUUGUACAGUUACGUUUGUCCGGAACCGCACAUCGUUCUUCCCUACACAUUUCAUUUAACAUAUAAAAAUGGCAUCAUAUUAUCAUUUGGUCAAAGGCUCCUCAAAGAAACGAUAGACACGCAAGAAGUAGAACAAUUAUCAACUGAUUUUGAUUCGCCGAAAUCAAACGAAACGUUAAACAAUUGCAAAAUAAGGGAAGACGAACGGUUUGCUUACGAUUUGAAAUUAUCCAUACCGAACGGUUUAAUGGUUGAAGUUGUUCCGAACAUAGUUGAACCCUGUUACAUAAAACAAUAUUUUCUCAAUGAGUCGUCAAUUAAUGAUGUUAAAAAUGAAAAUUGUAGAAUUUUUUUACCCAACGGUAACGUGAUAUCAAUAAAAAAAGAUAAUACGUUUAUUAUAUUAAAGGGAAACACGUCCAUUGUGUCGGGUUCUUUGAACAAUAUCACAAAUGAAACAAUGGAUGAUGAAAAAUUAAAAUUGAAAAAAUAUAAUUUGAUCACGCCGAUGAGCUAUAAUAAAACAAUUGAAAACGGAAUCGUUAAAUCUUCGAAAAAAAUUCAAAUUUCCGAACACAUCGACAUUGAAUCGAAACAAACAUUUUAUAGACGAAUGGACGGCACUAAUUACGUCAUUAAAAAUGACGGAUCAAUUUCCGUUCAAUUUAAAGAUAAUACAAAAAUAUCACGUUGUCCUUUUUUCGGAGGGGAAUCAUUUAAAAAUGAUGCAAAGGAAAGCAUCGCCGAAUAUUUUACGGAUUCCGAGGAAAUAGAUUUUACCAUCAUUUACGAAGAAAUAAUCAUCGAACAUCCUUCGUACGCGACCGUUAUUUAUAAUUCAAGAUAUCGAGAAUGGAAAAUUAUACUUCCGGAUGAGUCGAAAAUAACGGUCAAAAAAAAUGGAUACUAUUCCGUUAUAAUAGAUAAUCGAACCGAAAUGAAAAUCAAUAAAGAUUUAAUACACAUGAAUAGAUAUUCGACGGAUUUAAAUUUGAUAUGUCGCGUGACCGUUAAUCCAAACGUUUUUUCCGUUGACAACGUGGAAAAAAUUUAUUGUAAAAUGGUAAACGAAACGUUGGGAGAAACGUUCAUCGUCGAAUCUAAUUCAAAUACUUACAUAUUGGCAAACGAAAAACAAAAUGGUAAAAUUAAUGCAAGCCAAAAAAUGAAUUACCAAACUCCGCCGGAAAAUGUCAUGGAAACAAAAGGGAAUAAAUUAUCGUUGGAAAAUAAAUAUUUCAUAUUGAGAAAAGAUUUUUCCGGGAUUCAAAUCCUUCACGUGGAUGACGUAAGAAAAACUUUAUUAGAAUUAGAAAAAGGAACUUUGGUGUACGUUCAAGAAUUUGACGAAUUGAAAAAGUUGCGAUGUUUUGUCAUAAUAACUCCCGUUUCCGAGGAUUAUUUUCAAGAAGUUUACAACGAAAAAAUGGAAUGGAAAACAAAAUCAAUCAUUCCGAAUCCUGUACACAAUUCAAAAAAUUCAGAAACUUUAAUAAGUUCGACUUACGGAGUUCCGCCAUCUUGGAUGCAUCCAUUUCCGAAAAAAAGAAAAAAAUUUGUCGUACCUGAAAAUUUAACUUGUAACGUUUUCAUUGAAACAAGUAAAACAAAUUUACAACCGGGUAACGGAUCCAUUGAUCAUUUUUUUUGCGAACACGUUGAUUCAGAUGAUUAUGAUAUUUUAUGGAAAACCAAGUGUGGUGAUAAUAAUAAUAAAAAAGAAGAUUUUAUUAGAAGAUUAUCAGACGACGAUCAAAUAUUAUUAAAAAAAAUGUACAGUCGAGUUGCAAGUAAAUUAAUAAAUGAGAAAAAAAAAUUAAGGCCUUUUAAUCAGGAAUUAUUGGAUCGUUAUUUGAAAAUGAGUAAAUAUUACAAUGAAUUAAGGGAUUAUCAUAAAAAUUCAAUCAGGUAUCACACAAUUCCAAAUUAUUUUCAACAUCCUGCUGGUAUGUCUUGGCUUUUGAUCGAUUCUUGGAUUAACGAAUUAAAAUUAACGGAAUCUAAAACGAAACUUCCGGAAACUGGUCCGGAAACUGUUUCGAUUGAUUCAUUAAAAUCUCAUUCGACAUUUUCAAACGAAGAAAUUGAAUAUAAUUUAUCUGUGUCAUCGAUAAAAAGUUUUUCCGAUUUAAAUUAUUAUUCUGAUUUAUCGGCAAAAAGUGGGCCCCCGAAUAUACAUGAGAAAAAUGUUUGCACUUGUAAAGUUAAACCCGUGAUGAGAAAUGCUAUAUCGGCCCCCUUGUAUUUAUUUAAAGAUAAAACGAAUGAACCGGUUGAUAAUUUUGAAAAAUCUCAAAAUAUAUUGCAAAUGUUUAACGAAUUUAAUCAAAAUGAUGGUUUUAAAAAUAUUCACGCUGAUAAGAAAUUAUUACCGUCAAAACCGAAAAUUCAAACAACAACAACAUUAUCACCAUCAUCAACAUUAUCAUAUACUCCACCGUCAUUACCAUCACCUUCAUUUCCAUUUUUAUCACCAUCAUCAUCGUCAUCAUCAUCAUUAUCAACAUUAACACAAUCAUCAUCAUCAUCAUCAACGCAUUUACCACCAAUCAUUUUAAAUGAUUUAAUGACUUUAGGAUUAAUUUAA